UUCUCGAUUUUUGUUGGGAAAUCAUGUUUGCCACAGCAAUAAGGUAUAUGGCGAAGAAAGGGAAGCCGGAGAUGAAACCGAUGGAGCUGAAAACCCCACCUGAGCAGACCCAAACCAUCACCAGAGUCAUCUUCGACAUCGUUAAGGAGCACGGACCUCUCACCAUUGCUGAAACUUGGGAUCACGUCAAGGAAGUUGGGUUGAGAGGAUUGACGAGCAAGAGGCACAUGAAGAUAGUGUUGAGAUGGAUGAGGGAGAGACAGAAGCUUCGGCUCAUAUGUAACCAUGUUGGACCUCACAAGCAGUUCCUUUAUACAACUUGGUUCACUAAACCCAACAUGAAGCAGGCUAAACCAGUGAAAGCUCCUCCACGGCCACAGUCCCCUUCAAAUCCGUGAGCUCACUAUCUGCGUUGUGAGACCAGUAAAAGUGUGUGUUUUAGGUAGCAAAAGUGUGUUACAACUAUUAGAUUAGACUUGCAGGCUGUGUAAUCCUCUCUUUGGGGAACAUGUAUUUUCAUGGCUUUUUGAGUAGUUGAUCAAUUGGCCAGCUGUUAUUCAUGUUUUCUUGAUAAAA